UUCAGCUCGCACCACAACCAAACCGCCACAGAAACAGCUGACGUCCAGGAGCAACACUGGAAAAUCUGACCUGGACUCAUGAUACGUUCCAGUCCAGGAGAAGACAGCUGAUUGAUGAUUCAACAUGCCGACGGGAUCAGUGAGGCUGCAAAGCAUAAAGAAACUGGGACAGGAAAACCACAGCUAUGAGGUUACAGACGAAGAACCAGCUGGCUCUUAUAUGACCAUGACUAAUUCUACAAAGAAGGCAAAAGUUCAGGGAAACAAAGAACAACCUGCAAUAAGAGUCGGCUUCUUCCAGCUGUUCCGCUUUGCCACCUGUAAGGAUGUGCUGAUGAUGGUGGUCGGCAGCGUGUGCGCCUUGCUGCAUGGCUCGGCCCAGCCGCUCAUGCUGCUAGUGUUCGGCCUGCUCACAGACACCUUCAUCGAGUAUGACAUUGAGCUGAACCAACUGAGCGAUGACCGGAAGGAGUGCGUGAACAACACCAUCCAGUGGAAAAAGAACUACACCGGAGCUCUGGACCCAACCGGAGCCCAGAACCAGUCAGGCUGGAACCUCAUCAACAAUGCAACGUUUGAGAUGCUCAUACCUCUGAGGAACAUGUCGUGUGGGCUGCUCGACAUCGAAUAUGAAAUGACUCUGUUUGCCUUCUAUUACGUUGGAAUUGGAGCGGCUGUAUUCUUGCUCGGAUACUUUCAGAUCUCCCUGUGGGUGACAUCUGCCGCCAAGCAGAUUCAACUCAUCAGAAAAAUGUACUUCAGCAAAGUGAUGAGGAUGGAGAUCGGCUGGUUCGACUGCACCUCAGUCGGGGAGCUCAACACUCGCAUGUCAGAUGAUAUAAACAAGAUCAACGACGCCAUUGCGGACCAAGUUGCCAUAUUUGUGCAGCGCUUCACCACCUUCGUGUGUGGUUUCUGCAUUGGAUUUGUGAAAGGAUGGAAGUUAACGCUAGUCAUCAUUGCAGCAAGUCCUCUGAUUGGUAUAGGAGCUGGUCUCAUGGCCCUGUUCGUAGCUAAGCUAACAGGGAUGGAGCUACAGGCCUAUGCUAAAGCUGGCGCUGUAGCUGAUGAGGUCCUCUCCUCCAUCCGGACCGUUGCUGCGUUUGGUGGAGAGAAAAAGGAAGUGGAAAGGUAUGACAGGAACUUGACCUCCGCCCAGAAAUGGGGAAUAAGGAAGGGUCUAAUUAUGGGCUUUUUCACUGGAUAUAUGUGGCUGAUCAUCUUCCUUUGCUAUGCGCUGGCCUUCUGGUAUGGAUCCACUCUUGUGGUGGACACGAAUGAGUACACACCAGGAACACUGCUCCAGGUGUUUUUUGGAGUUCUGGUAGCAGCCAUGAAUUUAGGACAGGCUUCCCCAUGUCUGGAGGCGUUCGCAGCAGGCCGCGGAGCUGCUACUAUCAUAUUUGAAACUAUUGAUAGGGAACCGGAGAUUGACUGUUUAUCGGAUGCUGGAUAUAAGCUUGACCGGGUCAAAGGAGAUAUUGAGUUCCACAAUGUGACUUUCUACUACCCAUCCAGACCGGAAGUCAAAAUCCUGGACCAGCUCAGUGUUGCAGUGAAAUCGGGGGAAACCACAGCCUUCGUUGGGCCGAGCGGAGCUGGGAAGAGCACUGCUGUUCAGCUCAUCCAGCGCUUCUAUGACCCCAAAGAGGGCAUGGUGACCCUGGAUGGCCAUGAUAUCAGAGGGCUGAAUAUCCAAUGGCUGCGUUCUCUCAUUGGCAUCGUGGAGCAGGAACCCGUGUUGUUCGCCACCACCAUCGCCGAGAACAUUCGCUACGGUCGACCCGGCGUUUCCAUGGAGGACAUCAUCACUGCUGCAAAGGAGGCAAACGCUUACAACUUCAUCAUGGACCUGCCACAGAAAUUCGACACGUUGGUUGGCGAGGGGGGAGGCCAGAUGAGCGGUGGACAGAAGCAGCGGAUCGCCAUCGCCCGAGCUCUGGUCAGGAACCCCCGCAUUUUACUGCUGGACAUGGCCACGUCUGCUCUAGACAACGAGAGCGAGGCCAUUGUUCAAGAAGCUUUGGAUAAAGUACGUAUGGGCCGCACCACCAUCUCCAUCGCUCACCGGCUGUCGACCAUAAAGAACGCCGACGUGAUCGUCGGCUUCGAGCACGGCCGAGCUGUGGAGAGGGGAAAACACAACGAACUGCUGGACAGGAAGGGGGUGUAUUUCACUCUGGUCACCCUGCAGAGCCAGGGAGACAAGGCUCUGAAUGAGAAGGCCCGGCAAAUGGCUGAUGGUGAGGAAGAGCAACCAGAGAGGCUGAAUUUAUCCAGAGCAGGCAGCUAUCGUGCCAGUUUGAGAGCUUCGAUCCGCCAGCGAUCCAGGUCCCAGCUGUCCAACCUGAUACCAGAAUCCUCUGUUCCUGCUGCUGGAGAUCUCGGCCCCAGGGCUUACUCACUGGCACAAGCAGAAAAAUAUAAGAGUUCCAGACCAGAGGAGGAGGAGGAUGAUGAUGAACUUGUGGAACCAGCUCCAGUUGCCAGGAUUCUGAAGUACAAUGCACCGGAGUGGCCCUACAUGCUUUUUGGAUCCUUUGGGGCUGCAAUUAAUGGAGGGGUUAACCCCGUUUACUCCUUACUGUUUAGUCAAAUCUUGGCGACUUUCUCGGUUGAAGAUCCUGUAGAUCAGAAGAGGGAGAUUAAUGGUAUCUGCCUCUUCUUCGUGUUGGUCGGCGUCAUUUCUUUCUUCACCCAGAUGCUGCAGGGUUACGCAUUCUCCAAGUCUGGAGAGCUGCUGACACGCAGGUUAAGGCGGAUCGGUUUUCAUGCCAUGCUAGGCCAAGAGAUCGGCUGGUUUGAUGAUCACAGGAACAGCCCUGGAGCUCUGACCACACGUCUGGCAACCGAUGCCUCACAGGUCCAGGGGGCUACUGGUUCACAGAUUGGCAUGAUCGUCAACUCUCUGACCAACAUCGGCGUGGCUGUCAUCAUGUCCUUCUACUUCAGCUGGAAGCUCACCCUCCUCAUCCUCUGCUUCCUGCCGUUCAUCGCUCUGUCAGGUGGCUUCCAGGCUAAGAUGCUCACAGGAUUUGCCAAACAGGACAAACAGGCUAUGGAAGCUGCUGGACAGGUUUCUGGUGAGGCCCUAAACAACAUCCGCACCAUUGCUGGUCUUGGGAAAGAAAGGAGCUUUGUGGAGAUGUAUGAGGCCCACCUGGACUCUCCCUAUCAAGCAGCUCUGAAGAAGGCAAAUGUCUACGGUGCCUGCUAUGGUUUUGCCCAAUGUGUGGUCUUCUUAACCAACUCCGCCUCCUACAGAUUUGGAGGUUACUUGGUAAAACAAGAGGGGCUACAUUUCAGCCUUGUGUUUAGGGUCAUCUCAGCCAUUGUAACCAGCGGAACAGCCCUCGGCAGAGCCUCCUCGUACACUCCAGACUACGCCAAGGCCAAAAUAUCAGCAGCACGCUUCUUCCAGCUGCUGGACCGUGUGCCUGCAAUCAGCGUCUACAGUGACAAGGGAGAAAAAUGGAAUAACUUCCAAGGGAACCUUGAAUUCAUUGAAUGCAAGUUCACCUACCCUACCAGGCCGGACAUCCAGGUCCUGAAUGGGCUGAAUGUGGCGGUUAAGCCCGGCCAGACGUUAGCCUUUGUUGGGAGCAGCGGCUGCGGGAAGAGCACCAGUGUGCAACUGCUGGAGAGGUUUUAUGACCCCGACCAUGGAAAAGUGCUGAUUGAUGGCCAUGACUCAACUGGUGUCAACGUGCCCUUCCUUCGCUCCAAAAUUGGCAUCGUUUCCCAGGAGCCUGUUUUGUUUGACUGCAGCAUUGCAGAGAACAUCAAAUACGGGGACAACUCGAGGGAAAUCAGCAUGAACGAGGUCAUUUCGGCUGCCAAGAAGGCCCAGCUUCACGACUUUGUCAUGGCGCUCCCUGAGAAAUACAACACCAACGUGGGCUCUCAGGGGUCCCAGCUGUCCCGUGGUCAGAAGCAACGCAUUGCCAUCGCCAGGGCAAUCAUACGGGACCCUAAGAUCCUGCUCCUGGACGAGGCCACCUCCGCCCUGGACACGGAGAGCGAGAAGACUGUGCAAGAAGCCCUGGAUAAAGCCCGAGAGGGUCGGACCUGCAUCGUAAUCGCCCACCGCUUGUCUACCAUUCAGAAUUCAGACAUCAUUGCGGUCAUGUCCAGAGGCUUUGUGAUUGAGAAGGGAACGCAUGACCAGCUCAUGGCCCUGAAGGGAGCCUACUACAAGCUGGUGACAACGGGAGCACCAAUUAGCUAGCUGCUAAGGGGCACAGGAGCCAGGCUGCUAUUGGAUAUGCUUUUGCUACUUCAAGGGAAAUUAGGAAAGUACAUUGAAAACAAAAAAGAAUGAAAAGUUUGAUACUUUAUGAUGCCACUCUGAUAAGAAGAGAGGGAUUGCAUGAUUGGUUCAGCCUGCAUGUGAUAUUUUAGGAAUGUUAUUCAGUUUUUGUUUUAUUUUUAUAACAGUCGGCUGUAAUGUAUUAAUCUGUUAGUAAUGACGCCCCUCAAUAAACUAAUAAUGGACGCUAAGAGACAUUUUAGACAUACUUGAUGGCAGAAUGUUUAAAAGCUGUAGAUUCCAGGUACUCUGCAGGUAGAAGUUUUGGAAAAUAUGUCUAAAAAAUACACUAAUGCAAGCCUUUACUCAGAAUGGAGUAAAAUUGUGAUUCAGCAUUUACAAACCAACAAAAAACAAAACAAAUCCCAAAAAAGCCAACUUGUUCUUCUCAAAAAAAAGUUAAUCACCUGCUAGCUUAAUCUGCUUCAUUAUUUUUCAUUAGGUGUACAGGUCUCAUUAUUAUAUAUACACACACACAGACCAGGCUUCUGCACCUUGAGAUAGUUUCAUUGCUAUGAAAGAAAGGUAAAGGCCUGCAUUCUUUGUUCUGUGAGCUCAAAAUGUCUGCAGAGAUAAAUACAUUAGUAGUAAAAUUUGGUUAUUUAAUGUCACAAAUAAGAGGAAGCUUGCAUGUUGCUGUAAAAUAAGCUUACACCCAGUUCUAAAUGUUGACAGUCUGGUUUUCUUUUGCAUUAAAAUAGAUUUAAAUUAAACAGAAAUAUAAGCAUAUUUUAGCUGCUAAUGGUAUAAGCAUGUAAAAUGUAAAUAAACAUAUUUCUCUUA